UUGUGUUGUUACGCCAUUGGUGAAAAUUACCCACUGGAAUCAAAACACAAACAAAACGGAACAAGUGUGAGGUCUCCGCAAGAUUUUGUUGGUCGGUUAAGUUAUUUUUGUGGAAAAUGCUAUCGACAACAAUGUAUCGGUUGGCGAGGCACACGCGGCUACCAGUGUUAAAUCGGGCCGCGUUGCACAUUCCUCCCGAGAACAAAGAAAUGCAAAGCAACAAUGAACUGGAAUCCAAACUUGGCCCCAACGUGGUAAAACAGAUCAACGAAGACAAGGAGCGGCUCGAGUGGCGCACCCCGUACUCGGAGCGAUCGGACAGCUUUUACAGUGUGUUUAAGUUGUUCGCUUCGGAAAACCGAAACUCUGAAUUGGUGGAGAAAAUGCAACAGCCAAUCAAUUUGGCACCGUCGGCCAUUUAUGAGUGGUGGCAAAGGCGCCGGACGAGUAUUGCGUCGCACAUGCAAAGCUUUAUUCCGGAGCGACACGCAACCCUCGGUGACGACAUUGCUACGGCCCAUUUCAUCGUACAUCGAGGUGGAUCCGUAAGGUUUCGGGGCGAUAGCAACUGGAAGCAAAGGGAUGAGGACAAUGAGUAUGAUUUGCCUCGACAUUACGUGCCCGGUUUUGUGCUCGAGGAGCUACGCUGCGACGGGAUACAGCUGUUCUAUGAGGGCAUGGAAAACAUUCAGAAACUACUGUACUUGAAAAACGCCUCGUUCGAAAAUGUGUCCUUGUUCGAUGACUGGCAUCUGGAUCGGUUUUCCGGAAGCACGUUUCCCUCGCUGGAGAAGCUCAAUCUGCGUGGUACGGCUGUAACGCACCGUGGUUUGACUUGUCUCUACCGUUUGCCCAGCCUGAAGAUAGUACUGGUUGAUGAUCCCGAUAAGGAUAUUCUCUGGAAACUCAUGGUGGCCACGCUUGAAGAAUGGAAUCCUAAAUUAAGGGUUGUCUCGAAUGAAUGAUAAGAUGUCUGGGAAGGGAUUUCGUACAGAAUAAAAUACUAUCAG